UAUAACUAAAUAAACCUGGAUAAUCUUUAAGCCCCCGGAUAAUUAACAAAAGCCCGGAUUACCGACCCGGAUAAACAAGUCGUGCUGUAACGAUGGCAGCCGGUGACGAUGACAGCUGGCUUUUCAGCGAUGUUCCGUCCGAUUACGUUUGUACGGAGAACGCAUGUGCUUGUCACGUGAAUUUCAAGCGGCCACUGGCGUUUGAACACAGUCCUUCGACGUUUGGAAAGCCGAAAUCAAAACGCAAGGACCAUUUUAAUCCAAUUGACAGUUACUGUCCUCGGAGUUCCAGAUCGCGAGGUGCGCGAAAUGGGCUACCUCGCGCGACGUGCGCGACGGGUAACUCGAGGCAAAGUGAACACGUGUGUACGAAACAAAGAGGAAAACCAGGAAGAGUAAAAAGGAGUAAACAGCAGAAGACUAAUGGCAGUGAUGACUUGAAGGCUAAGCCAACAUUUUGUAAACUAGAGAUUGGACUACUUGAUGACGUCACAACUAAACACUUUAUUUGGCAAAAGAGACUUCGACACCGCUCUCCACCAGAAAUCCUCGUAGAAGACACUCCACCGUCAAACUCUACGCCACAAACUAGAAUUCACUGA